AUGAAGUUCCUCGCCGUUGCCAUUGCCCUCGCCUCCGCUGCUGCGGUCAACGCGCAGUCAAAUGCCACCCUUCAAUGCCUGACCACCACCCAGCUUACCGCUCGGAUCCCGGCUUGCGCUCGCCAAUGCGAGACCGCCGCCCUCUCCGCCGACGGUUGCGCCUUCGAGGACCUGACCUGCCACUGCCUCAACACCAACGUUGUCGCCACCCUCAUCGAGCCCUGCCUCCUCACCACCUCCAACUGCACUGAGGCCGAGGUCGGAACCUUCGCCGGCAUCGUCACCACCGUCUGCGAGGUCAAGAACGCCACCGCCUUCGGCCAGCUCGCGCCCGUCGACUGCUCCAGGGUCGCUCCCCCGCCGACCAACUGCUCCAGCCACUCUUGCAACGAGACCACUCCUACCUCGUCCACGCCGCCAAUUGCCACCUUCACGGGCGCGGCUGCGAACUUGGUCGGUAGCGGCAUCUUGGCUGCUGUCGGCUUGAUCGGUGCUGGGCUGCUUUUGUAA